GCGGAAGCGUCCCGCGCAGCCUCGGAAGCCCGCGAGCUGUAGAGCGGCGGCGGCCACGGCCGGGCGCCCCGACGGGAGGGGCCCUGGAUCGCUCGGAGGCGGCCGAACCGGUGUGUCGCCGCCGCCGCCGGCGGCCCCAUGAGUCGGGGCACCAUGCCCCAGCCCGGAGCGUGGCCGGGCGCAAGCCGUGCCGAGAAGCCGGCGCGGGAGGCGGGGGCCGCGUCUCCGGGCCCCGCGAGAGCCGCGGCGCGGGAGGGCGGGAAGGCGGCGGCCGGCGGGCAGCCGCGGAUCGCGGUGCGGUGCCCAGCCGAGCAUGAGGAGGACAUGUAUCGUGACGCGGAUGAAAUAGAAAAGGAGAAAGAAUUACUUACACAUGAAAGAGGGUUAUCAGAAGCCAGACUGAGUGUAGCUCCUGAAAUGGACAUCAUGGACUACUGCAAAAAAGAAUGGAGGGGAAAUACACAAAAAGCCACAUGUAUGAAAAAGGGCUACGAGGAGGUGUCUCAGAAGUUCACCUCCAUCAGGCGCGUCCGCGGAGACAAUUACUGCGCACUGAGGGCCACACUGUUCCAGGCGAUGAGCCAGCCGGCGGCGCCGCCCCCCUGGCUGCAGGACCCGGAGCUCACGCUGUUACCGGAAAAACUCAUAAGCAAAUACAACUGGAUCAAGCAGUGGAAACUUGGACUGAAAUUUGAGGGGAAGAGCGAGGACCUGGUUGAUAAAAUUAAGGAGUCCCUCACGUUGCUAAGGAAGAAGUGGGCAGGCUUGGCGGAACUAAGAACUGCCGAAGCAAGGCAGAUAGCUUGUGAUGAACUGUUCACAAAUGAGGAAGAGGAAUAUAGUCUCUAUGAAGCUGUAAAAUUUCUAAUGCUAAACAGAGCCAUUGAACUAUAUGAUGAUAAAGAGAAGGGAAAGGAAGUUCCAUUUUUCUCUGUGCUUCUGUUUGCUCGGGACACAUCGAAUGAUCCUGGACAGCUGCUAAGGAACCAUCUAAACCAGGUGGGACACACCGGUGGCCUUGAACAGGUUGAGAUGUUCCUUCUUGCGUACGCCGUGCGCCAUACCAUCCAGGUGUACCGGCUCUCCAAGUACAGCACUGAGGAGUUCCUCACGGUCUACCCCACCGAUCCGCCCCUGGACUGGCCGGUGGUGACGCUGAUCGCCGAGGAUGACCGGCACUACAACGUCCCUGUCAGAGUGUGCGACGAGACGAGGCUUUGAGGGACGCGCCCGGAUGGCCCGGCCACGCGGCCAAGGACCGCGGGCAGCCCCGUGGCUCGGGCCUUGGGUCUCUGGGUCUCUAACUUAGAUGGACCUGUGGGAACUCCUGGGCCCCGUGAGCCAAGCUGGACUGGGCUGUUCUGAAGACAGCUUCUGAUAGGAAUUAACCAAGUGUUUUCCCUCAUCUUUGAUGCAGCAUGUUUCAGGGGGCCCUUCAGAGCACUUCUUUUGGAAGGUACAAACUACAUCUUCUCCAUAACACAGGUCUUUUGUAUCAGGGGAGACUCAUUUUGGAGAGGAAUGUGUUCUUUAUGUCUCAAAAUCAAACUUUUUAAUUGUAAACUGGCUCUCCAUUUUUUCUAAGAUAGUAAGUGUCUGUUUCGGCGGUGAUGGGUCUCUGCGGUGCCCUUCCUCUGGGAGGGAGUCCGUUACAGGCACAGUCCUAACGUCCUCUGAUAGUCUUCUUGAGCGUUGGUUUGGAUUUACAUAUUAAUUAAAGCUAUUCUAAGCAGAUUGUCUCACAGAAGAUUAAAAACUGGGUCCAAAAAGGAGUUACUUAAAGGCUGGAGAAGGAGCCCCCGGA